GGAGGCAGCAGUGUGAGAUGGCGGACUCUCAGCCGCUGUAGGACCCUGUAGGACCAGGACCCUGUAGGAUUCAGACCCGCCGCCCUGCAGGACUAUCUGCCGGACUUUCUGCCUUAUCUGGUCCCGCCCCUGACCGACUCAUGGAGGGCGGUAAGCCGAGCCUGGCCCUGGUCUACCAGGCGGUGCAGGCCCUGUACCACGACCCGGACCCGGCCGGGAAGGAGCGCGCCUCGCUGUGGCUCGGAGAGCUGCAGAGAUCGAUGUAUGCGUGGGAGGUGUCGGACCAGCUGCUGCAGCUCAAACAGGACGUGGAGUCGUGUUACUUUGCUGCUCAGACCAUGAAGGUGAAGAUCCAGACCUCGUUCUACGAGCUACCCCCAGAGACCCACAAUGCACUGCGAGACUCCCUGCUGACCCACAUCCAGAACCUCAAAGACCUGUCCCCCAUCAUCGUCACACAGCUGGCGUUAGCCAUCGCAGACCUCGCUCUCCAGAUGGCCUCAUGGAAAGGAUGCGUUCACACACUCAUAGAAAAGUACAAUGAUGACAUCAGCUCAAUGCCCUUCCUCAUAGAGAUCCUCACCGUGCUGCCCGAGGAAGUUCACAGCCGAUCUCUGCGGAUCGGUGCCAAUCGGAGGACAGAGAUCAUUGAAGAUCUGGCGUAUUACUCAAGCACCGUGGUCACCCUGCUGACAUCGUGUGUGGAGAAGACAGGGAACGAUGAGAAGAUGCUCAUAAAGGUGUUUCGCUGUUUAGGCAGCUGGUUCAACCUGGGAGUCCUGGACAGUAACUUCAUGGCCGGUAACCAGCUGCUCAUGGUCCUCUUCCAAGUCCUGCAGAGGGAUGAAACGUCCACCAACCUCCACGAGGCGGCGUCUGACUGCGUCUGCUCGGCGCUCUACGCCAUCGAGAACGUUGACACCAACAUGGCGUUGGCUCUGCAGCUCUUCCAGGGCGUCCUGACUCUGGAGACGGCGUAUCACAUGGCGGUGGCUCGGGAGGACCUGGACAAAGUUCUCAACUACUGCCGCAUCUUCACCGAGCUCUGCGAGACCUUUUUGGAGACCACUGUCCGGAGUCCGGGACAGGGGAUGGGGGAUUUGAGAACCCUGGAGCUGCUGCUUAUCUGUGCAGGACACCCGCAGUACGAGGUGGUGGAGAUCUCCUUUAACUUCUGGUACCGUCUGGGAGAACACCUGUAUAAGAUCAAUGAUGCGGCUCUCCACUCCAUCUUCAGACCGUACAUCCAGAGACUGCUGCACUGUUUGGCCCGGCACUGUCAGCUGGACCCUGACCACGAGGGGAUCCCUGAGGACACUGAUGAUUUCGGGGAGUUCAGGAUGAGAGUCUCCGACCUCGUCAAAGACGUCAUUUUCCUGGUCGGAUCCAUGGAGUGUUUUUCUCAGUUAUAUUCUACGUUAAAGGAAGGGAACCCUUCCUGGGAGGUGACAGAGGCGGUUCUGUUCAUCAUGGCUGCGAUCGCUAAAAGUGUCGAUCCAGAGAACAACCCAACACUGUCCGAGGUUCUGCAGCAGGUGGUUCUCCUCCCAGAGAGCGUCCACAUGGCGGUUCGCUACACCAGCAUCGAGCUGGUCGGAGAGAUGAGUGAGGUCGUCGACAGGAACCCCAGAUUCCUCGACCCGGUGUUGAACUACCUGAUGAAGGGCCUCAGAGAGAAGCCACUGGCAUCGGCGGCGGCGAAGGCGAUCCACAACAUCUGUUCUGUCUGCAGAGAUCACAUGGCCCAACACUUCCAGGGUUUGCUGGACAUCGCCCGCGCCCUUGACUCCUUUGCCCUGUCCACCGAGGCCGCCGUCGGACUGCUUAAAGGUACAGCUCUGGUCCUGGCUCGUCUUCCUCUUGAAAAGAUCUCAGAGUGUCUCAGUGAUCUCUGUGCUGUUCAGGUCAUGGCUCUAAAAAAGCUUUUGACUGAAGAAUCUAGAAACGGUAAAUCAGCUGAUCCCACUGUGUGGCUCGACAGACUGGCUGUUAUCUUCAGACACACAAACCCCAUUGUAGAAAACGGACAGACUCACCCCUGUCAGAAAGUCAUCCAAGAGAUCUGGCCGGUUCUGUCGGAGACUCUGAAUACUCAUCAGGCUGAUAACCGGAUCGUGGAGCGGUGCUGUCGCUGUCUUAGGUUCGCUGUUCGAUGUGUCGGGAAAGGUUCCGCCUCCCUGUUGCAGCCACUCGUCACUCAGAUGGUGAGUGUGUACCAGGUGUAUCCACACUCCUGCUUCUUGUACCUGGGCAGCAUUCUGGUGGACGAAUAUGGCAUGGAGGAGGGCUGCCGGCAGGGCCUGCUGGACAUGUUACAGGCUCUGUGUAUGCCGACCUUCCAGCUACUGGAGCAGCCAAACGGUCUGAGGAAUCAUCCGGACACUGUGGACGACCUGUUCAGACUGGCCACCAGGUGA